AUGCUGAGUGCGUUAGCUGUUGUAGGCGGCUUUGGUGCUGCUCUUUUUGGUGCCAACAAAUAUUACUUUUCCGGGGGAAAAUGCUAUGAAACAGGACGUUUGGAUGGAAAACACGUCAUUGUAACUGGCGCUAAUACUGGAAUUGGGAAAGAAACGGCUGGGGAAUUAGCUAGACGUGGAGCAACUGUGAUAAUGGCUUGUCGAAAUAUUGAGAAAGCUGAAGCUGCUAAAUCAGAUAUUUUGGCUCUCUACGGAAAGGAUCAACCCACAGCUUUGACUAUGAACGUCGUUAACAAUCAAGUUAAAGAAAGUCUUACUCCCAUUGAACCUGAGCAGCUCAUUAUCGAGAAGUUGGAUUUGGGUUCUCUAAAAUCCGUUCGAGAAUUCGCUGGUCGUAUCAUCGAGAAGAAUAUAAAGAUUGAUGUUCUAAUUAAUAAUGCUGGGAUAAUGGCCUGUCCUUGUGCAGAAACUGAGGACGGUUUCGAAAGUCAAAUUGGAACUAAUCAUCUUGGCCCGUUUCUUUUAACAGAACUUCUCUUACCUACCAUUAAAAAGGCAGGAGAAGGUGCAAGAAUUAUAUUUCUCUCUUCAAGGGCACAUUAUCGAGCGAAGACUAGCUUGGUUCCGCUAGAUAUAAAGGAGGGUUAUAAUCGAUUUGAGUGCUACAGUAGAUCCAAACUGGCAAACGCAAUGUAUGCGCACUAUUUGAGUAAAACGCUGGCUCCUUUUGGAAUUCAAACUGCCAGUGUUCAUCCUGGUGUCGUUCAAACGGAAUUAUUCAGAUUUCUUGGAGUAUUUUCGUUCAUUCCAAACUUCCUAUCACGACCUUUUAUGAAAACGCCGUGGGAGGGUGCACAGACAACCCUCUACACAGUUCUGACGCCAAAUUUAACCUCAGGUGCAUACUAUGCCGAUUGUAUUGAGACCAAAGCCCUGCCGAUUGUUUAUGACCAAUCCGCUGGAGAACAACUUUCGGAGGCUUCUCGUGUAGCUGUUGGAAUAUGA